AUCUUCAUCAUCUACAGCCGCACUCAGACAAGAUGACCAAGCGCACCAAGAAGGUCGGUAUCACCGGUAAAUAUGGUACCAGAUACGGUGCCUCCCUGCGUAAGCAGGUGAAGAAGAUGGAAAUCACCCAGCACGCCCGCUACGUCUGCACCUUCUGCGGAAAGAACACCGUCAAGCGCAAGGCUGUUGGUAUCUGGGAGUGCAAGGGCUGCAACAAGACCGUCGCCGGUGGUGCCUACACCGUCUCGACCCCCGCCGCCGCUGCCACCCGCUCCACCAUCCGUCGUCUCCGUGAGAUCGCCGAGGUUUAAACGCGAUUAUGUGGUUUCCUUUUUCUUCUACGGUCACGUCUGAAUACCAAAAAUGAAAACUUUUUCGGAAUCUGAAGAUUUUGCAUGAA